AAACCAUCUGACAAUUUGUGUUCUGACAGGUGUCGAGGUUAGGGAUGGCUAGAAGUUGUCGACAUGUUCGCUUACUGCAUAUAUGUUUCUCGUCUCCCUCCUUAAUCCAUUGCCUAAUUUCUUACCUUGCUCCAUUGUCGAACAUUGAUCAUCUACACAUUACCAUCUAUCGCUAGACCAUCCCCUGCAAAGGACGUUGGUCGCGGCAUCGCUACGUUCAGGUUGAGCGAUACAUUGCCCUUCGUGGGCUGGCAUCCCUAGGCUGCUCCAUUCCAGUCCCCCUGCCUCUCAGCGACCGCAUAUGCCAUCUAGCACCUAGAACCAGCCCCGUCUUCCGACCUCGCGAUCCUGCUGUUUACACAGUUCCCUCCCCGUGAUACCAGCAAUAAUCCCAUAGUGUUUCUUGUUCAGAUCCAGACAUGGGGCAUGCAUCUCCCAACAUCACUUCUCAAAGACCCUUCUCCCCUUACCGUCUGCCUUCCAGACACGCAGCGCGGGAGAGACUGCCUGCGAACUAUAGCUUUUCCCACUGUGCCACUGAACACCCAGAAGACCGCCUUCGAAGGAAGACACCGAACGGCACGAUCGAUGGGGGCUAUGAGGGAUCACCAGCACAACUUUCCCAUGGGCCUCCGUCUUUCAAACACGUGAUACUGCAAGCGACAUCUCCUUCUCCUCCUACCCGGGUUGACCCAUCUUUGUCUGUCGGCGAGUCUAGCAAGCUCUCAACGCUUAAUCCGCCACUUCUUGUCAGCACGCAGCCACGUCAAGUUGAGGCCGUUAAUAUCACACAAUGUUGGUCAACUUCUCAGAACUCGGCAUCACUUCGUCCUGCCUUCCCUGGUUCAUAUGCUGUGCAUGAAAGAUCGACGGCGAAGAAAACAUCCGGCGUCAAUCGAAUCAACGCUACACAUACGAGUGCGAGUGGUUAUCCCCGACCACAAGACAGUACUUAUACCACCCGGGCCGUUGACUCGACCACCUGGGCCAUGGAGCAGCGCGACUUUGUCGCGACUUCGUCUCAGAAACACGCAUUGCCCCCUCGAUGGCAUGACCAACCAUACACUCAGCCGCCCCUCGUUUUCCCUUCAUCUCCGUUCACCCAAAGUGCUGACAUAUCUGGUUCCUCUCCACGCUCUGUGACUACCCCAAUCACUUUUAGCGGCUACGGUAGCAGCCUCGGGUCUCAUUACCAUUCCCCGCUUCUUUAUCAUGAAUCUUUUACAAUACAACCCGUUAUCCCCCCUCCCGAACAAGUAUCACCGUCCUGGUUAAGAGAAAGGGCUCUGCUCCAGGCGCACGGUGCCUAUAGUGAUCUGCUCGCCCAUCUUCACCAGACCCGGCAGUCCCAGCAACCGACCUUGGGUAUAGGUCCGAGUUCUAGGUUGCUUGUAUAUCCCAAACCCCCGAGGCAUCCGAUCGUCGCCCCUAGCAUCCCGCUCCAGCAUGCUAGUCCCAUAAACCCCAGCUCCUUAGGGAGUGGAUUUGCGGCUGUCUUCCCGUCCGCGCAGCCUUCUCAGUUUGGUUCCUUGACUGAUGUCGCUGGCUGGGACGCUAACCAGGCGACGAACUCGGAGAAGGGCGCUUUCCCCUACGCCAACACACUCCCAGUGUUUCCGCAUUGUCCUUCGCCUGCUGCGACCCGCAAUGUCUCACCCUUGCCCCUAGCCAAGGCAUCCUUGGUAUUGUUAACACGCCUGUGUGAAGAGAGUGAGUGGAAAUGGAUCCAUGGCAUGAUGCUUGGUGGAUGUCUACAAUACAGCCUCGAUCGUUGCGAAGAUGCUCUCGAAUGGUUUACUAGAGUUGUCGAACUUGAUCCCAAUCAUGUCGGGGCUUUGUUUAACAUUGGCGCUACCUUUUACGGCCUCAACUGCCUCGCGGAGGCCGAGGCAUACUGGCUUAAAGCCAUUAAAGUCCAACCGCACUUCUUGGAAGGUGCUGAACAUCUUGUGGGCUUGCUCUAUAAACGAAAACGUCGCGAGGCGGUCGAGGUCAUUGAACACGUCCAGCAGUCCCUGAAGAUGUCCGAACUCUUGUCAGGACAUCUAACCCCACAGGACAUUACCAUGAAUCCGCAUGGGUUUGGUUCCAGUGGCUACACGAUAGCAGGGAGUGAUAAUGGCCGAAUGUUGGCCCUUGUUCACGCAAAAGGCACAAUCCUUUACAGUCUACACGACAUCGAGGGUGCGCUAGAAGCCUUUGAAGAGGCCAUCUUGAUAAGCACUGGGAGGCAAAUUGAUUCCAUGCAGAGCCUCAUUCGAAGAAUUCAGCUAGUGCUAUCUCCCUGGCACGGUGCUCUAUCGAAUGCAGAGGCUACGCAACCCCUACUCCUGCCACCAGAGAAGGCUGAACAUACGGCAAGACUCGUCUUUCCGAAUGACGCCGUCUUGCCAGGGCUUCGCUUCGUUCCAGAUGGUCCUCCAAAACGAAUAGCUGUCCAAACCACGAGCAACUGUCUGCUCUCACUUGCCAAGAUUUUCCAGGAUGCCUUGUCGAGCGGAUCUGCCAACCCAGCCCAUCAAAGACGAGCCUCUGGGAUUGGAGACAUACUUGCGCUCUAUUACUUGUCGCUAUCUUUACAAGCAAGCCCGUCAACAGCGAACAAUGUCGGCAUUCUUCUAGCGAGCCUUCAGCUGUCAUCACCUGUCCCCUCACGAUCCAACGCACCAGGGAUGGAGCGACAAUCUAGGAUACCUGGAAUCCCGCCUGGCAGCGCUCAUGCGCUUGCCCUGUCAUAUUACAACUAUGGACUAUUGUUGGAUCCCAAACAUGUCCAUAUCCACACAAAUUUAGGAAGCUUGCUUAAAGACGUCGGAUACUUGGACCUAGCUAUCCGAAUGUACGAACAAGCCGUCUCGUGUGAUGGAAAUUUCGACAUAGCCUUGACCAACCUCGCCAACGCCAUCAAGGAUCGGGGCCGCAUUGGGGACGCUAUCAAUUACUACAGGCGAGCAGUCAGCGCGAGUCCCGACUUCGCUGAAGCUGUCUGUGGUUUGUCGACAGCUUUGAAUUCGGUCUGUGAUUGGAGGGGGCGGGGUGGCGUAGUCUUUGAUCUCGAGAAAUACGAUCGUUGGCACGUCGACGAAGACGGCAACUUGGUGGAUGCCCAAACUCAGCCUCAAGGAAGCGGUCUUAUGAAGAGAGUCGUCGACAUUGUGCAACGACAACUGGAUGAGGCGGCUUGUUGGGGUUCUGGUGUCCUGCGGGAAGAUACGAUACCUGUGAUAACGUCAUAUCUGCGACAGGCGAGCCCUGUGGUCGAGCAACGGCCGGUCGAGUAUGCUUCUAAGCUGAGGCUAUGGGCGCGACAGAGGUGGGAGGGCUCUCGCGUGCUGCGUCUGGUAGAACGAUGCACGAAGGCAACGAUGCGCCGCUGGUACUGUGAUAAGUAUCUGUCCGGCUCAGAGAGGCCAUCCGGCUACAAGCGCCCUACCUUGCCGUCUAGUCUGGUGGUUCCCCCUGCUCCGACCCUUCUCCCCUUCCACACCUUCACCUACCCUCUCACAGCCAAGGACACUCGAAUGAUUGCUCAACGGAAUGCCGAUAGAAUCUCUUGCUCCACACUGCGCUCCUCUUGGCUACCUGGCUCAGUGUAUCCGCCUCCAUCUCCGCCUUCGCCGCACCUGAAUGUCGGUUAUAUAUCUUCCGACUUUAAUAACCACCCCCUUGCCCAUCUCAUGCAAUCAGUGUUUGGGUUUCAUGAUACGGCAAAAGUAAAGGCCUUCUGUUAUGCUACGACGGCGAGUGACAUGUCUGUCCACCGUUUGCAAAUUGAGCGUGAGGCGCCUGUGUUCCAUGAUGUGAGCAGCUGGCACCCCGAACGCACGAUAAACCAGAUCACCAAGGACGGUAUACAUAUCCUUGUGAAUCUCAAUGGUUAUACUAGGGGUGCUCGGAACGACAUUUUUGCGGCAAGACCCGCUCCCAUCCAGAUGUCGUUUAUGGGAUUUGCCGGAACGCUGGGAGCGGAAUGGUGCGAUUACAUUCUUGCUGAUCAAACUGCCGUUCCUCCGGGGACCCUGCGGCCUUGCCGGGGGAAUCUUGGAGUCGAAGAUCUUUUUGAUGAUCAGAUGGAAGAUCCUGACUGGUUUUAUUCGGAGAACAUCGUCUUCUGUCGCGACACAUUCUUCUGUUGCGACCACGCUCAGUCCAGUGACCCAGAGGAGCGUCGUAUAUCCUGGGAGGAGGAGCAAAGAAGACGAUGGGAAAUGCGGAAGCAACUGUUCCCUCGUCUCCCCGACAAUGCCAUCAUAUUGGGCAACUUCAAUCAGUUGUAUAAGAUUGACCCAAGUACAUUCCGUACCUGGCUACGCAUCCUGUCACAGGUGCCGAAAGCGGUCCUCUGGCUUCUGCGAUUCCCGGAAUUGGGAGAACCGAACCUGAAGAGAACUGCUCGGGCAUGGGCGGGGCCCGAGGUAGCCAACCGCAUCAUCUUCACAGAUGUUGCACCGAAGAGUCAGCACAUAUCCCGUACGAGGGUGUGCGACCUCUUCCUUGACACGCUCGAGUGUAACGCUCAUACCACGGCAGCCGAUGUCCUGUGGUCCAGUACCCCUCUACUGACUUUACCGAGAUACCCGUACAAAAUGUGCUCACGCAUGGCUGCUUCCAUUCUCAGGGGAGCUCUGCCCAAGGAUGACGAAGGUCAUCAGGCCGUUGAAGAGCUCGUUGCCUCUAACGAGAAGGAAUACGAACAAAUGGCAAUACGGUUGGCGGACAGCCUUACAUACCAAACCAGCAAUGGCUGUGCCCGUGGAGUCGGUCGUCUGGCUGACCUCCGCAAGUUGUUAUGGGAAAACAAGUGGACUUGCGCUCUUUUUGAUACUCGGAGAUGGGUCAACGACCUGGAAGAAGCCUACCAGGAGGCGUGGCGAAGGUGGGUUGCAGGCGAAAGUGGUGACAUUUACUUGUGAGAACUCAGCGACGUGGCGGCAAGGCGUCUUCAAGUUCCCAUUUUCUUGUUACAGGGACUUCUCAAGCACAGGCUUGCUUGACGACGGACAUGCAUGUCUUGUCCCCUUAAUAGAUGAACCAGAUCAGAUGUGAAUCCAUCUACAAUACAAAUGUGCCGCUGC